AUGCUCAUCGUAUUCCAGCCAAAGAGGUUCCAGCUCACGGGAGAGGACACAAAGGUCAUCAGCAAAGAGGCUCAAUUGUUCCUGACUGGCUCUUUGCUGACCACGGUCAUCCCCAGCAUCUACGUCCUGGUGUUCAUCAUCAGUUUCCCUCUCAACGCUGCCGCCGUUUUUAUGUUCUCGCUCAGGGUCCGACCCCAAAAGCCGGCGGCCAUCUUCAUGCUCAACCUGGCCACGGCCGACCUGCUGUUCGUGCUGCUGCUGCCAUUCAAGGCGUCCUACAGCUUCAAUGGCAACAACUGGGUGUAUGGGCCGGCCAUGUGCAGUGUGGUCACCGCCGCCUUCUACUGCAACAUGUACUGCUCGGUCCUCCUGAUGAUGAGCAUCAGUGCCGAUCGCUUCCUGGCCGUGGUCUACCCCAUUAGAUCGCUGGCCUGGCGCCGCCGGAGGAACGCAGUGGCCGUGUGUUCUGCCAUGUGGCUGCUGGCUGUCGCCGGGGUGAUACCCAUCCUCCUGUACAAGCAGACUUUGUGUCUGCCUCGGCUGGGCAUCACCACCUGCCAUGACGUGCUGGACCUCAGCGAGCAGCGGAGCUACUACCUCUACUUCUUCCGCACCUUCUCCUGUGCGUUCUUCUUCAUCCCCCUCGUUGUUACCACUGCCUGCUACGUGUGCAUAAUCCAAGUCCUGCGUCGCACCAGCGGGUCAAAGCGCUCCAAGAAGACCCGGGCCGUGGUCAUGGCAUUCACGGUGCUGACGGUGUUUGUGGUCUGCUUCACCCCGUCCAACGUCCUCCUGCUGGUCCACUACUCACAGUUUGCCGACCAGCACAGUGCCAACUCCUACGCUGCUUACCUGGUCUCCGUGUGCAUUGGCAGUGUGAGCUGCUGCCUGGAUCCGGUCAUCUAUUACUAUGGCUCAUCUCAGUGCCGGAAGAACAUCGCCCGGCUCCUCCACUGUCAGGCCCCUCCAGGACUGGAACUCUCCACGAUCACCCCGCUCUCCAGCAUCCCCUGCACCAAGGACCGCAGCUCCGGGUACAGACCUGGGGGCAGAGGGCGAUAUCGCUCACGACAAGGAGGAGCAUUCCCGGUCGGUAUCGGAUGGGUCUUCCCCAGGGUUGCCAUCUGGUCCUGGAGCUCUUGCCACAGCUCUGCCCGCACUGCCGCCUUCCACCGCUCCACAUCCACAACCGGCGCUGGAACCACCGGCACCCUGGAAGGAAGAGAGCGAGAGACAAAACACGCUGCCCCCUCAUCCCCCCACUGCUCCAGCUCCAGCUCCCGGGCCUCCCGGCUCACCUCUGAGAAGGCCCAGAAGGAACUGGUCCCGGAGAAUGGCAUCAUCCGCCCCCCUCCUCACCCGGUUCCCGGGCCCGCCACUUCAUGUGAAUCUCCCGCAGCCGCAGGAGAUACACCUCCAGGGCCCGGCUCCAGGGACAAAAAAUGGGCGCGGGCCACGGCCAGGGACAGGGCGACUGAAGACCUCCUCCAACAGGGCCCACACAAGGGCCACUGUGUUCCGCCGCCCAGCCAGCACCAGCAGCACCUCCUGCCGGGCGCGCCCAUCUAG